AGGACAGGACAGUGCCUGUUUUAGGAAAAUCCUAAAAAAAUGUUCAGGACCAGAGGUGGGAAACUGUUCACUAGAGAUUAGUGUGCACAAGCACUUGUUUAAAAGAUGACAAAAAAAAUCCCAUAAUAUACACCUUAAUUUAUGCAUUGGAUUAAACUGUUACUAAGUUUGCUAUGGUCAUGUUUGCACUCUGAAAAGAGUAUUCAUUUGUCUCAUGAGACCCUUACAUAAUUUCUGAACACUAUAAAGCACAGGACAUUAGUAGGGAAGAGAUUAGGCUAUACAUUACAUCACAGGAUGGAACUCAGUUUCACCAUGAAUAAUGAAUGGAACCCCACUAAAAUGGUAGACAGGUCUUAGCUUAUAGAGUAAGUAUUUAUUUCUGAGUACACACAUUAAAUUAAGCUCAUAUUAUGGUUUGCUAGAGUUAUUGCUUAUUCUGAUAGCUGGAGGAGAGAUCUGUAAAUAACAAUUAGUGUUUCCUUCUUGUACUACUAAUGCAUUGUAAUAAUACUACUUUUUAUAUUUUAUUCAACGCAACAGAUGGUGUGAUGUUAACAGGUGCUAUAACGUUAGUAUCAGACAUACUGCAUAUUUAUUUAUUUUGUCAUUCAUUAUUUUUAUCUAUUUAUUUAACUUUACCUGUCAUGAUAACUAACAGAAGUAUUUCUUCACAGGUGGAAAAACUAAUUUUAUAAUGACUGAUUUAUCUAAUAUAUCUACUCUGACACUUCAAGGCUUCAAUUUGCCUCCUGAGAGUAUCGUCCCUGCAUUCGUCUUUGCAACACUGGGAUACCUGACCAUUCUUUCCUGCAACCUCAUCCUACUAAGCACCAUCAUUCUCAAUAAGAGUCUUCACCAGCCCAUGUAUAUUCUGCUGUUAAACUUGCCCAUAAAUGAUCUUAUAGGCUCUACAGCCCUGUUCCCACAAAUUAUUAAGGAACUCUUAUGGGAUACCAGGACAAUACAGUUUUCAACCUGUGUUAUUCAAGCUUUCUUUAUACAUAUUUAUGCAACAGGUGCAGUGUUCAUUUUGACUGCUAUGGCAUAUGACAGAUAUGUGGCCAUAUGCUGCCCUAUGAGAUACAACACAAUUAUGAGCAAUAUACACAUAGUGAGGCUAAUCUCCUUGGUCUGGCUCUCCAAUAUAUUUAUAAUAGCUGUGCUUUUUAUCCUUCUAUUGCGCUUACCGCGAUGCAGAUCUUUUGUGACUCACACAUACUGUGACAAUCCCUCUUUGCUCCAGCUGGUCUGUGUAAACACAACUAUAAAUAACAUAUAUGGAUUGAUGACUGUAGCUGUAUGUCAGGUGAUAACAGUAGGUCUAAUUGCAUUUACAUACAUUCAAAUCCUUAUAGCCUGUUUUAGAAACAAAGGAUCUGAUACACGUAAAAAAGCACUGCAGACAUGUGCCACACACUUAAUAGUCUUUCUCCUAUUUGAAUGUUUGGGCCUUUUCACAGUAAUUUCCUACAGGUUAACAGAUCUGUCCCCCCAUUUAAGAAAAUUCAGCGGAGUGGCCGCUAUGAUUUUGCCUCCAACAUUAAAUCCUAUUAUAUAUGGCCUAAGAACAAAGGAAAUCAGGGUCAGAGCUUUAAAAUUUCUCCACAAAAGGGUUUAUACCUCAUAA